GCACAGAGACGCACAACACACACACACAUCUUCUUCUUCGGCUUCAUUGCCAUAACAUUCUCUCUCUUUCUUUUCGAGGCAGAGGUUAGAGAGAGAGAGAGAGUACGGUGCGUUUCAGAAAUAAUGGUUACGCGGCUUCGCUACAGUUUGCCGCCGUCGUCUUCCACUUCUUGGGUUGUGCUUCUGGUUGUUCUGGUUCUGGCUGGGGCUGGGAAUGGGGAAGGGUAUUCGGGUCGGGUCGGAGGGAGGUGCGAUCUGUUUUCGGGGCACUGGGUGAGGGACGAAUCGUAUCCGUUAUAUGAGGAGUCCAGGUGUCAGUUUGUGCGGCACGAGUUCAGCUGCGAGAGGAACGGCCGCCCUGACCGGAUUUACACCCAUUACAGAUGGCAGCCCCUCGCCUGCAACUUACUCAGAUUCAAUGGGAGAGAUUUCUUGAGGCGGAUGAUGGGAAAGAGCAUCAUGUUCGUAGGAGAUUCCUUAAGUCUCAAUCAAUGGCAGUCGUUGACUUGCAUGCUUCACUCUUCAGUCCCUAACUCUAAUUACACUUUGACCACAACCGGAUCUCUUUCUAUUUUUACUUUCACGGAUUACAAAGUAAAGGUGAUGGUAGAUAGGAGCGUGUAUCUAGUGGACUUAGUGAGAGAGGAUAUUGGAAGAGUUCUGAAGCUUAAUUCCAUCAACGGCUCUCACUUGUGGAAAGGGGUUGACAUGCUUAUCUUCAACACUUGGCACUGGUGGUACCGCAGGGGACCUACUCAACCAUGGGAUUACAUACAAGUGGGGAAUCAGAUUAUGAAAGACAUGGACCGGAUGAAGGCUUUUGAGAUAGCACUCACAACAUGGAGCAAAUGGGUCGACACCAACGUUGAUCCUUCAAAAGUCAAAGUCUUCUUCCAAGGCAUUUCUCCUUCUCACUACAAUGGUAGUUUAUGGGGUGAACCAAAAGCUAAGGGAUGUUUGAGGCAGCAAAUGCCGGUGUCCGGAACAACCUACCCAGGAGGCUUGCCGGCGGCGGCCGCGGUGCUAAAGAGCGUGCUCCAGAGGAUGAAAAAACCGGUGACUCUGCUGGACAUCACAAGCCUAUCACUGAUGAGAAAAGAUGCACAUCCUUCCAUUUAUGGACUUUCUGGAGAAAUGGGAAUGGAUUGCAGCCAUUGGUGUCUUGCUGGUGUUCCUGAUACUUGGAAUGAGAUUCUUUACAACCUUAUUCUUUGAACAUAUAGACAUUUAGUCACAUAUAUAUUGAAAUAUAAUAGAUAUAUAUAUAUACAUAUAGAUAUGUAUGGUUUCAAGUUUUAUAUAGUUUGAAAGCCAUCUUCUUGGUGGUAAUUAAUCUUCCUUUAUCCUCAUAUUGUUUGAUCAAAUAAUGGUUCAACUUGUAAUAAACUUCAUAUAUGUUUUAUAUUGAUAUUGCCAUUGAGAUUAACUGUUAAUAAUAGAAAUUAUUCAAUGUAGAAA